AGCGGUGAUUAGACUGGUUUAACAUGCACAACUGUACAUGGGUAGGAUACGGACUAACAAGGAACACAUUAUUAUCAUUAUUUCAACAUUUUCACAUGCUGAGGACUCAACACUGAAAGACUGGUCAGACCUCAGUCUGGUUGGAGAGCGCUGUCGUCUAUUUCCACACAGGAAUCAGACUCGUCCUGCCCAGCUUUAAUUUAAGGCCAUGAUGACCCAACUACUACUAUAAUUAAGCAACACCACUGAAUUAUUCUCUUGACCAAUGCAGGGCAUUAUGCUGAAAACUCUACUUGCAAUUGGUGUGUGAGUGUGAACAGAGAGGGGGUUGGAGCUUUGUGACUCUCUCUCUCUCUCUCUCCACCCACCAGUGAAUAAACUGAGCCACAGUAAUACAAAUAUGUGGAGUCAGAAAAGCACUCUGCUGAAAAGCAGUUUUAUCUUAUUACCUCUUUUCAGCUCCACUGCAGCACAGGCGGAGUAAAGUGACUAAGAGAGGGAGGGAGAGAGAGAGAGAGAGAGAAAUGCUGUGUACUCAGCCAUGUAUAGGCUACAGAGCUUGUCCAACAUCAGAACUCUGUUUGGUUUCAAACAGAGGGACGGUAAUCAAAGUGUAUAAUGAAGAUAACACCAGCAGAGCGGUAGAAGUUCCAAGUGACAUCAUAGCACGGGACAUAUGCCAGCUGUUCGUCUUGAAGAACCACUGCAUUGACGACCACAGCUGGACUCUUUUUGAACACCUCUCCCAUCUGGGAAUAGAGAGAACCAUUGAAGACCAUGAGUCUGUUAUGGAGGUGCUAUCGGGCUGGGGGAUGGACUCGGACAGUCGGCUGUAUUUUAGGAAGAAUUAUGCCAAAUAUGAAUUCUUCAGGAAACCACUGGAGUUUUUCCCAGAUCACAUGGUCUCCAUAUCCAGUGAAACGGAUGGAAUGGUGGAUCCCUCUCAACUUAUACAGACCUUUCUCAGCUCUCGCACUUGUCCUGAGAUACAUGGACACCUACACGCCAAAGAGCAAAGCAAGAAAUCUUGGAAGAAGUUUUAUUUUGUGCUGCGGAGGUCGGGCCUUUACCUUUCCAAUAAGGGAACUUCAAAGGAACCAAGGCAUCUCCAGUUCAUCGUUGAAUUUAGCGACAGCGACGUCUACACCGUCCUGUCAGCCAAAAAGCUACACGGAGCACCUGCAGAUUACGGCUUCUGCGUGAAGUCCACGAAGUGUAGUUCGGCCCGAGACUUGAAGCUGUUUUGUGCAGACGAUGAGCCGACCAGGACCUGCUGGAUCACAGCCAUGCGCUUGUUAAAGUAUGGGAUGCAGCUGUACCAAAACUUCAUCCAGCCUCACCAAAAACAAAAAACCUCACCGAUGAGAAGCAUCUCAGAGAACUCAUUGGUGGCCAUGGACUUUUCAGGACAAAAGAGCCGGGUGAUCGAGAACCCGUCUGAGGCGCUGUCUGUGGCCGUGGAGGAAGGACUGUCAUGGAGGAGGAAAAGCUGCCACCGGCUGAGCGGUCACAUGAGCCCCUCCACAUCCCAGAGCUCAGUGUCCAACAUAGCUCUACACUUAGCGCAGCCGUGGUUCCACAGCAAACUGUCUCGGGAGGAGGCUCAGCGUCUCAUCACUCAGCAGGGUCUUAUUGACGGAGUAUUUCUUCUGAGGGACAGUCAAAGCAACCCUAAGACAUUUGUGCUGUCUCUCUGCCACAUGCAGAAAGUCAAACACUUCCAAAUCUUACCCGUGGAUGACGAAGGGGCGUUAUUCUACAGCCUGGAUGACGGCCACACACAGUUUACAGACUUGAUCCAGUUGGUGGAGUUCUAUCAGCUGAACCGAGGGAUUCUGCCCUGCAAGCUCAAGCACCACUGUGUCCGAAUAACCCUCUGAACAAGGGAACCAGAGACCCCUGAGGGGCCACGUGCAACAAAACUCCAGGGCCUUUUCUGGACAAACACUCCCAGUGUUCUUGUGCCUUAAAACAAACAACAACAAAAAAACACAAUUCAAACAAACAACUGAACAGCCAUGCUUACUGAAAAUGAUGGGCCAGUGAAAGUGGUUCUCCUUGGUGAUAAAUCCACUAUGCAAAGUUAAAAACAUGUCAAAACUGAAAAUUGUACUGCAAACUUAAUCAUGCCAACAAAGACAGCGGUUUUUGGUUAAGUGACACUGAGUUAGGUUUUCACUGAAAACAUUGAAAUCAAAAGUCUGCUGCGGCACAUAUACAGUAAUUAUAUACUGUAUAGCUGUCAGUUAUAGUCCGUCAAAGCUAAUGAAUCCCACCAAAGGCCGUCGCCCUUUGUCCUGUUAAAUCUCAGUAAAACUAAGCUAGCACACUUUUCAUUUCAUCUCUCUGAGCAUUCAGGGUUUUUUUUUUUGUUCUUUUUGUAAGGAGAUUUUUUUUGUUUCUAUACGAGAGAUGAAAUGCCCUCUCAGGAAGAGUCGCUGUGCAUGAUCUGUGUGCCGGGCUGACACUGCUGUAGAGAGAAAUGCUAAUGUACAAGUGAGAAGUGGCUCACGAGCUCACUUUUCCACACUGUAGAUGAAUUUUAAAUGUGUGUAACUGAAUAAAAAUGUUUUUAUUACGGGGAAUUAGUGUUGAAGUUGCUCUCGAGUCAGGGCAGUGAGAAUACUGUGCGUCACCAAUUUUCCUCAUAAGCCAUUGAGGUGGAAAUCAGAAAUACUGUAUGACUGACUCUGAAUUGAAUGUAUACUGUAAUUUAGCUUUUGUAUUUUCCAAAGAUUCAGAUGAUGUUUGUAAACCCCUGGGUUGUACAUUGAUGUUAUUAACGCUGCAGUGCGUAUACAGUGACAGAUAGAGUUUUUGUUUGUUUGUUUUUUUUGGAAUAAAAACAAUAGCUUUUCACUUGA